AUGGCUGCUCCGCGCGCCGCGCCCCCGCGCUGCCGGCCCCGGCUCCUGCUGCCUCUGCUGCUGUUGCUGCUGCUGCCCGCGCCGAGCGACGGUCUUGGCCACUCCGCCGAACUGGCAUUUGCUGUGGAGCCAAGCGAUGAUGUUGCAGUCCCUGGGCAGCCUGUAGUGCUGGGCUGCAAGGUGGAGGGGACGCCUCCAGUGCGAAUCACCUGGAGGAAGAAUGGGGUGGAGCUGCCGGAGAGUACCCACUCCACCGUGCUGGCCAAUGGGUCCUUGAUGAUCCGCCACUUCCUGCUGGAUGGAGGAGGCAGCCCUUCAGACGAGGGAGACUAUGAGUGUGUGGCUCAGAACCGCUUUGGGCUGGUGGUCAGCCGGAAGGCUCGAAUCCAGGCUGCAACCAUGUCCGACUUCCACGUGCACCCUCAGGCCACCGUGGGUGAGGAGGGCGGUGUGGCCCGCUUCCAGUGCCAAAUCCACGGGCUUCCCAAACCCCUGAUCACCUGGGAGAAGAACAGAGUCCCCAUUGACACAGACAAUGAGAGGUACACACUGCUGCCCAAGGGGGUCCUGCAGAUCACAGGCCUUCAAGCUGAGGACAGCGGCGUCUUCCACUGUGUGGCCUCAAAUGUCGCCAGUGUCCGGGUCAGCCAUGGGGCCAGCCUCACUGUGUCAGGCUCGGGCUCUGGGGCCUACAAGGAGCCUACGAUCCUCGUGGGGCCUGAGAACCUCACCCUGACUGUGCACCAGACCGCCGUGCUCGAGUGUGUCGCCACGGGCAACCCGCGCCCCAUUGUGUCCUGGAGCCGCCUGGAUGGUCGCCCCAUUGGGGUGGAGGGCAUCCAGGUGCUGGGCACGGGGAACCUCAUCAUCUCAGACGUGACCGUCCAGCACUCGGGCGUGUAUGUCUGCGCAGCCAACAGGCCCGGCACCCGGGUGAGGAGGACGGCACAGGGCCGGCUGGUGGUGCAAGCCCCAGCAGAGUUUGUCCAGCACCCCCAGUCCAUCUCCAGGCCGGCUGGGACCACAGCCAUGUUCACCUGCCAAGCCCAGGGUGAGCCGCCCCCUCAUGUGACGUGGUUGAAGAAUGGACAGGUGCUGGGGCCAGGAGGCCACGUCAGGCUCAAGAAUAACAACAGCACCCUGACCAUUUCUGGAAUCGGCCCUGAAGAUGAGGCCAUUUACCAGUGUAUGGCCGAGAACAGUGCUGGCUCCUCUCAGGCCAGCGCCAGGCUGACUGUGCUGUGGGCUGAGGGCCUGCCCGGGCCCCCCGUCAACGUGCAGGCGGUCUCUGUGUCGUCCACUGAGGUCCGCGUGUCCUGGACCGAGCCCCUGGUCAACACCAAGGAGAUCAUCGGCUAUGUCCUGCACAUCAGGAAGGCUGCCGACCCACCAGAGCUGGAGUAUCAGGAAGCAGUCAGCAAGAGCACCUUUCAGCACCUGGUGAGCGACCUGGAGCCCUCCACUGCCUACAGCUUCUACAUCAAAGCUUACACGCCCCGGGGGGCCAGCUCAGCCUCUGCCCCCACCCUGGCCAGCACUCUAGGUGAAGCUCCCGCCCCACCCCCACUGUCAGUACGAGUCCUGGGCAGCUCUACCCUGCAGCUGCUGUGGGAGCCCUGGCCCCGGCUGGCGCAGCACGAGGGCGGCUUCAAGCUGUUUUACCGCCCAGCAAGCAAGGCCUCCUUCACCGGCCCCAUCCUGCUGCCUGGAACUGUCUCCUCUUACAACCUCAGCCAGCUCGACCCCACUGCAGUGUACGAGGUGAAGCUGCUCGCUUACAACCAGCAUGGGGAUGGCAAUGCCACAGUCCGCUUCGUGUCUUUGAGGGGAGCAUCUGAGAGGACAGCCCUGAGCCCACCAUGUGACUGCCGGAAGGAGGAGGCCACCAACCAGACAUCUACCACAGGCAUCGUCAUCGGCAUCCACAUCGGGGUCACCUGCAUCAUCUUCUGUGUCCUCUUCCUCUUAUUCGGCCAAAGGGGCAGGGUCCUCUUGUGUAAGGAUGUAGAAAACCAGCUCUCCCCUCCUCAGGGCCCCCGGAGCCAGAGAGACCCUGGCGUCCUGGCCCUGAAUGGGGCGGGACGGGGAGAGCGGGGCCAGCUGGGCCGAGACGGGAAACGUGUGGACAUGAAGGAACUGGAGCAGCUAUUCCCCCGAGCGGGGGCCAUGGGGCAGCCCGACCCCAGACCUAACCCCAGACCCACGGACCCCGAGGCCCCUGCCCUGUGUGAGGAGACCCAGUUCUCCAUGCUGCCGCUUCAGGGGUUCGGGCUCCUGGAGGAGAUGACGUCGGAGGCCAAGGCCCCCUGUGUAGGCCCCCUUGCUGCCCUGCCACCCCAAGACACAGGCCCCAGCCUCCUGAGUGAAGGACCAGCCGCCCUGCCAGCUCGCUCGGGACAGUAGCCAGUGUCCGGGAGGCUCUGGAGGGAGCAACCCCCCAUUCUCAGGUCAAAGGCAAGAUUUCUCCUGUCAUGUGGG